AUGCCUUCUCUCAAGAUUAUUCUUGCCGUUGCCGUUUUCGGUGCCGCUCAAUUCUCGGUUGCCGCUCAAAACAAUGGCGGCAAUUCCGUUGAACUAUUGGAAGAGCGGGAUGCCAACACGUUGAACGGAUUCGGGUCGCCCUCGCACAAGAGGACUAGAAUUAGAAACAAGGUCAAUGGACCUGGCGCAGGAACCAAGAGAAGCAGGGGCAAACAAGGUGGAAGAAGAAGCCCUAGUCGCAACCGUCUGUUUGAGCGUGCAACAUGCGAGGUCAGUAGCAGAUCGGGGCAGGACUGUCCUCGAUCGACGUGCCCAGACUCGGCCUGCGUCAUGGGAAAUACCAGAUGUGGUUUCACCGGCGAAACGGCGAAAAAGCAGGAUUGCAAGACCAAAUGCAAGUGCACCAAAGCCAAAUAG